AUGCCGUUGCAAAUCAAAGUAGAAGCUAUUUUGUUUAGAUUGGCAGCAGCUUUCGCUGAAGUUUCCUGUAUCAUUGGGGCAUUCAAUGGACUUAUUGUUGGUGAUGGAAUGCUGAACGGAAUCGGCAAUGUGUACUAUCCGUUCGUUGGUGUGCCUCCGCCGCUGCUUCCACCACCGCCGCCAGCUGCUCCCAUUUGGGGGCCGCUUCUUGGAAUUCCUUUCGGACAACGGAUUUUCUUGCGGACUCCAUGGAUU